UUUACGUAUAAAUAAAUGAACAUUGUCGUUUUGGAAUAAACGAAAGGGCACUAAAAAUAGAUUUGGUGGAAAAAAAAUUACGCUUAACAAAUUCUAUCGGCGGAAAAGAAGGAGGAGGAAGAAACAGACGAAGAAACUACGCAGACGGAUGGCAACACCAGGGGGAUUGUCGUCGUUUAGGUUCUACUGGUGACAAAUCGAGUCUCUUCGGAGUAGGCGAGAAUUAAAUUGUUUUAUCAGUUACGGAAGUGUAGUCGCGCUCUGGGUAAUUGUCUAUCGUCGUAAGUUGCGAUGGAAGAACACAGAUCGUAAGGAUCUCCGGUAAAGAAAAAUAACUACUGGUCCAAUUUACAAUCAGUUGUCUCUCUGUUACUGAUCGGUAGAUUUUAUAGUCAGCUGCCUGCUUAUUCUGCAUGCUCCUAAUUAAUUUGUCAUGGAAGGUUCAGAAGAUGGAAAUAAGAGGCCUGGUACUAGAGUAUUCAAGAAAAGCUCACCAAAUGGAAAAAUAACAGUUUACUUAGGAAAGAGAGAUUUUGUCGAUCAUAUUAGUCAUGUUGAUCCAAUCGAUGGCAUAGUGCUGAUUGAUCCAGACUUUGUAAAGGAUCAUAAAGUAUUCGGUCACGUGCUAGCAGCAUUUCGUUACGGUCGAGAAGAUUUAGAUGUUCUCGGUUUGACAUUCCGCAAAGAUUUGUAUUUAGCAUCCGAACAAAUUUAUCCGCUGGAUCCGAACAACAAACGCCCAAUGACAAGAUUACAAGAAAGACUCAUAAAAAAGCUUGGUCCUAAUGCAUAUCCUUUUUAUUUUGAGCUGCCUCCUCAUUGUCCAGCUUCAGUCACAUUACAACCAGCACCUGGAGAUACUGGUAAACCAUGUGGAGUGGAUUAUGAAUUAAAAGCGUAUGUAGCAGAUACACCUGAUGAAAAGCCACAUAAAAGAAAUUCUGUGAGAUUAGCAAUUAGAAAAAUUAUGUAUGCUCCGAGUCGUCAAGGCGAACAACCAAGCGUCGAAGUCAGUAAGGAGUUCAUGAUGUCGCCUAAUAAAUUACAUCUUGAAGCAUCUUUGGAUAAGGAGUUAUAUCAUCAUGGAGAAGAUAUAGCUGUAAAUGUGCACAUUGCAAAUAAUUCUAAUCGAACAGUGAAAAAAAUAAAAGUAUCAGUUCGACAAUUUGCUGAUAUCUGUCUCUUCUCAACAGCACAAUAUAAAUGUACAGUUGCUGAAAUUGAAAGCGAAAAGUUAAAGUUCAAUCACAGAAAAAAAACAUUCAGAGACGGGUGUCCCGUAGGUCCAGGAUUUACAUUGUCAAAAGUUUAUUAUCUUCGCCCCUUAUUAGCAAACAAUAAAGAUAAAAGAGGAUUAGCACUCGACGGCCAGUUAAAACAUGAAGAUACAAAUUUAGCAUCGUCAACAAUUAUUAUAGAUCCAUCUCAGAAGGAAAAUCUUGGUAUAAUUGUUCAAUACAAAGUGAAAGUGAAACUGUGUUUAGGCCCAUUAGGAGGAGAUUUAGUUGCCGAACUUCCAUUCGUUUUGAUGAAUCCUAAACCGGAAGAAUCGUCAAACAUGACAUAUUCUAUCGCCGCGGCCGAAAGAUGUAGCGAAGGCGGCGACAUGCCGGUAGAUACAAAUUUGAUUCAGUUAGACACAGACGGCACAAGUUGUUUAGCGGAUCAAGACGACGACAUUAUUUUCGAAGACUUUGCCAGAUUACGACUGCGCGGAGAGACCGAAGCCUAAACCCUGCCACACCAUGUAUAAACAACUGGCAGCUAGCACGGACCGGGCGGCACGUGUUAGUAAAUCAGUUAUGGUAACAACAAUCUGUGUAAUCUGUCGUCCUAAUGUUAUUUGUAAUCGUCAUCGUGUAAUAUUAUAAACUUCGUUUUGUACAUUUAUUUUUAUUCAAUAAUUAUUGCACAAAAGUGUUUAUCGUUAAGUAUUAUUAUUAUUAUUAUUUACUAGUCCUACGGAUGUAUCUAACACCUUGUAUAUCUGGUCAUGUAUUUGUCAUUUUUAAGCCCAACGUGUUAUUUCGCGUGCUCAUUCUAUAGUUAGCGUAGUGCGUGCCUGGGGAUCCAAAUGCCACCGGACUGUGAAUAAAAAAACGCACGCUCACGCACCCACACGCGCGCCAAUUUUUACGUUAAUACCGAAUAAUCAUUCCAUAACUUAAGUAACCGGCCAUUUUGUGUAGUUACUAUUAUAAUCCAUUGUUCUCGGCAUUUUAUUCUUCAUUUAUUUAUUUAUUUUUUAAGAGGAUUAACGCACAGCAAACGGAUCAUUUCUAUAAUUGGCACUCUUAAUCUCGCCUCGACUCCAUUAUUUAUCCACGCGCGCGUGCGGGUGCGUGCGCGUGCCCAGUGCUCGAUACGACCACGUGCAAAUUAGACAAUAAAGCAUUGUUCGAUGGAUUGUAUUCGAUGCGUAGGAAUUUUUAAAAAGAGUUAAUAAUAAAAGUAAAAUUUUUAAGGACUCGUUGCUUAAACGUGCAGAAGAUGAUAUUUUCUUUUAUCGAGUAUUUUAGAAUUGCCACUCGCAAAAAAUAAAACAGUAACCUUCUGCAGAUUUGGAGAUCGAGUCCCAGGUUAUCGACCGAAAAAACAAAUGUAUAAAAAGAAAUUAUAUAUAUAUAUAUAUAUAAAUAAUUAAAAUUUGUACCGUGUAUAUUACACAUUCCUGGAAAAACGAAGUGUCAUAUUCAAACAAUGCGAAGUAGAAGCGACUGAAUUGUUUUUCCGCGUCGGGUCCGACGUAAAAUAAAAUAAAAAGUAUAUAUAUUUGGCAUCGUCUCCUAUUCCCAAGAGAACUUCCCAAGUAUGCAAUGUUAUUUUUCCAAUUUCUAUCAUUUCUUAACCGAAAGAAACGACGAGAAGUUCGAGGCGCUCGAGCUCUCAAUCGAUUUCCAAAGUGUUCCUGUAUAUCUCGUCUCGUUCGAAAAGAAAGAAAAAAAACAACAAAAAAAAAAGAUCUAUAAUAGUGGAAAAUGUAUUUAAAAAAGUAAUAAAUAAGUAUGUAUCCACUAUUUUUAACAGACAAUUUAUGGAAUCUUUUUGUGUAUUUAAUAUUUUUCAGGAUUAAUAAAUUCACCACGUAAAAAUAAA